AUGGCAGACUUAGACAGUUAUGACCUUCCAGACUUUGGCUUUACCCCUUUUGAUCAAUUCGUUAUUGAGCAUUGGGAUCCAGAGUCUGCCUUGAGCAAGGAGGAGCAAAAGGAGACCCUUGUGCGGCAGUGGUUGCAGCUCGGACGUAACUCUCGCGAUGCAUACCAUAAGAAAACCUCCACCCCUGACUGGGUGGUACCAGAAUAUGUCCCGCAAGACCUUCUAACCGACAAUGAGCGCCGGGUCAAUGGCCAGCUUGGCGUGAGCAAUGUCCUCUGGAUCAGGACAUGGUAUGGCUCUGGAAGUCCGGCAGCAUCAACGUCACCUUCCAGUGGCGUGUCGACAGAAACGGCUCAAACGGAUGUAGUGAGCCAUGCAACGGCCGACGCGGCUUAUCGCCGGCUUUGGCGAGCAGCCUUCUUUGACAACGACGACGACCCGAAUGAUGACUUUGACGAUUAUCGUACUGUGCAUAGGUCGUUCAUCUUUGAUGACGAUCCGGUUGCCUAUGGUGUGACCCAACACACUUCGGAUGAGAAUGUAGCGCCAACUGGAUCCACUCCUGGGUUCAUCGUAAAAGCGAUGAUGCAUUGUCCGGACCAAUUGGGUGGGUUCAGUGGCGGAGACUGGAGUGGCACUGAGGAGGAAUAUCUGGCAACGAGCCAGAAUCUGCUGGUUAUGAUAGCUGACAGGAAAGCCUGCGAAAGUGGUUGGGUGCUUGAGAUCGGCUUGAACCACAGGGCAGAAGUGCUUCCGGGGCGGAUUAGAAGCAAGGCGAGUCGAAUAGCCACCGAUUAUGGGAAUUGGCAAACGGAGGGGAUGGCAUUGAGGGAGACAACAAUGGGGGAGGAUACGGAAACAUAUGCUCAACGUGGUGAUGGCUGGGCAAGUGACUGA